AUGCAGGCGCUCAGACAGCUCCUCCUCCUGCCUCUCGUAGCUGCUCUAGCUCUCGCUGAAGACAACUCAAUAGAAUCCAUGGCUGGUUUUUGUUGUCACUGUUCUUCAGCAGGUGUGCCGCACUGCGGUGCUUCGCUUCACGAGCCCAACAAGCCGUUAAGGAUUGAGCUAAAGGCAAAUGCAAACUGCAUCUGGCAAAUUCAGAGGAACACAAAUCAAACAAUUAGGCUCAUUUUCUCCUAUUUUAAAUUUGCUCCUUCUUCAAGCUGUGAUACAGAAAGCAUUAAAAUCUAUGAUGGCCCCUCAACUAAUUCACCUCUUCUUGGGCAAGUAUGCAACAACACUGAUGCAGUUCCAGUACUUCAGUCCUCUUCAGACAGUUUAACUUUUGUCAUAACGACAAACUCCGUGGCUUUCACACGAAACUUCUUCGUCUUCUACUACUUCUUUUCACCAGAAACAAAAAUUGAAAACUGUGGGGGGCAAUUAACUGGUCCCAAUGGGACAAUUACCAGCCCUUACUACCCAGCACCUUACCCUGAAUUUACAUAUUGUGUCUGGCACAUACAAACAGCAAGAAACUCGAAGAUCAAAUUGCAGUUCCAGGAUUUGUUCCUGGAACUAGACAAAAACUGCCAGUUUGACUUCACAGCAAUCUACGAUGGCCCCACCACUAACACCGGCUUAAUAGGAAAAGUAUGUGGUCGUGCUCAGCCCACGUUUGAAUCCUCCUCAAAUGUUAUGACAGUUGUGCUGUCUACAGACUACGCCAACUCCUACAGAGGAUUUUCUGCUCAGUACACCAGUGUUCUGCUGCCAGGCCCUGUGAAGCCCGACACACUCCUUACAUGCUCUUCAGAUAGCAUGAAAAUUGUUCUGAGCAAGUCUUACCUGGCCUCCCUUGGUUAUAAUGAGACUAACCUACAGCUGAAUGAUCCAUCUUGCAGCCCAUUUGUAACAGACUCGGUGAUCUUCUCCUUCCCAUUAGACAGCUGUGGAACAAUUAAAAAGGAUGACGGUCAGAGCAUCACUUACACCAACAUCAUCUCUCUCUCUGCAACUGGCAACAUUAUUACCCGUCAAAAGAGCAUACAGAUAAUUGUGAAAUGCAAAAUGGAAAACAAUUCAACCUUAGAAGUCGUUUACGUAACGAAAAAUAAUAUCAUCCAAAACACAACCGCUGUGGGAAGAUACAAUGUUAGCAUGUCAUUCUAUGACUCAGGUUCAUUCUCCAGGCCUGUACUCCAGUCCCCAUACUAUGUAGACUUGAACCAAACUCUUUUUGCUCAAGUCAGCCUUCGUUCUACCGACCCAAAUCUGUUGGUGUUUGUCGAUACCUGUACAGCAUCUCCACAACCCGAUUUUGGAUCGCUAACGUAUGACUUAAUCAGAAGUGGCUGCAGUAAAGAUGACACUGUGGUAACCUACCCACCACUUGAACACUAUGGAAGAUUCAAAUUUAAUGCCUUCAGGUUCCUGCGGAGCUUUCCGUCAGUUUAUCUCCAGUGUGAUAUUUUAAUUUGUGACAGCAACAACGCAAACUCUCGCUGUACCGAAGGCUGUAUCUCCAGGCAAAAAAGAGCCAUUUCUUCAUACAUGUGGAAAACUAAUACCGUGGUAGGUCCCAUCCGCCUGAAGAGAGAUCUCAGGGCUGCUGAUCACUCCGGUAAGAGCAAUACGUAAAUUAAGAACCUGAUUAAGUUCUUCCUUGGUGUACACCCGUUACCUUCCUCUCACUAAUGAAAUAAGUGAGUUAACAUGGCAUCAGAGCCACAGGUCCAACAGACGCCUGUGUUUUGCGGGAUCAGAGACGUACUUUUCAAACCAACAGGCUGAUGGCCUUUUGGAUCCAGGCGUGUUCUUUGCAGCAGAAGCAGCAGCACUCACUCCUAGCUAUACAAGUAGUGCAGGAUCUGACUAAGUAUUCAGAAAAAGUUAUGAAUGGCAAGAAAUUUCAGAUUUUCAAAUGCGAUAUUUUUUGAUGAAGCAUACAUAGGGACCGGGGCUCAUUUCUCCCAGACUACUCAGAAAGCACAUUCCAAAUCACAGUCGAGCUUUGUUAUAACCCUGUAUCUUCCAACAGUCCACUCAGUUUUAUUUGCGGGUGCUACAGAAAAGCUAUGCCAAAUGAUAAACACAGGUGACUUACGCCACCCCAGGUUAAAUCCUCACACUGUACCUAUUGCCUACUAGAACAAAAGCGUGGGAAGGACAGCCACCGGAGCAGAAAUCAAAAGCAGUCAGAGCUGCAAAGCUGUUCAGGAGACAGUUAAGCUUCAGUGCCCCAUCUGACACACUCUUCAGCACAACUUGCAGUCUGCUC